GCUUGGGAGAGGGCGGGGCUAACAGCAUUCUAGGAAGAGGUCGUCAGUCAGUUCGAUAGGGUUCUGUGCUUCCAAAUAAAGUUAUAUUUGUGCUGAAAGCGUUUAUAUUUAACGUCAAUAUUUCAUAUAGUCUCUGUAAACACUCCAAGAGAAAAUGUCAUUCAUUUUUAAGUUUAUUCAAGGAUUCAUUGAUUUCUUCCUGAAACUCCUCGGCAGGAAAAAUAGACCUGCUUUAACCCUUGAGGAUCCCAAUGUGAAGUAUCCGCUGCGCCUAGUGGACAAAGAGAUUAUUAGCCGUGAUACAAGGAGGUUUCGGUUUGCCUUAAAAUCACCAGAUCAUGUUCUCGGGCUUCCUAUUGGUCAACACAUCUACCUAUCUGCAAAGAUAGAUGGGAACCUUGUGGUACGACCCUACACUCCUGUGUCUAGUGAUGAUGACAAAGGGUUUGUUGAUCUGGUCGUGAAGAUAUACUACAAAAACGUCCAUCCAAAGUUUCCUGAGGGUGGGAAGAUGUCACAGUACUUGGAGAGUCUUCGUCUUGGUGAUACGAUAGAUUUCAGAGGUCCAAGUGGACUGCUGGUUUACGAAGGCAAAGGAUCAUUUGCUAUCAGGCCUGAUAAAAAGUCACCCCCCGUAAUGACAACUGCAAAGCAUGUUGGCAUGAUCGCAGGGGGAACGGGCAUUACACCCAUGCUUCAGAUAAUCAAUGCAGUCAUGAAGGAUCCAAAGGAUGAGAUUGUUUGUUACUUGCUAUUUGCCAACCAGACAGAAAAAGACAUUCUCCUGCAGUCCGAGUUAGAUGAAGUCUUGGCUAAAAACCCAACACGUUUUAAGCUGUGGUACACACUGGACAGGGCUCCAGAGGGAUGGGAGUAUAGCCAAGGCUUCAUCAGUGAGGAAAUGGUAAGGAACCAUCUUCCUCCUCCUGGAAACGACACACUCAUCCUCAUGUGUGGACCUCCUCCUAUGAUCCAGUUUGCCUGUAACCCCAACCUGGACAAGGUGUCCCAUGCCAACGACAGACGCUUCACCUUCUAGAAGACCCUGCAUGCAUUGACGGAAACCAUUUGAAGUUUAUUGCAUCCUCUUAAUGAUAAUCGUGCUUUCCUUUCCACCCCAAUCCUUAUUUACAGACGUUGUAUUCAAAUCCUACAGAUUAUGCCUGCUACUCUAUGUGCUGAAUGCAAAUUCACCGUAAAGGGGGUAAGGCAUCUUUAAUGAUGCAAAGAUCUUUAACUUAUGCUUAACUUCUGCAAAGAUGCAUUGUUGACACUUGCCAAUUUGGAUAUUAGUUGGAGAACGUUUCUGCAUAUCUGGAAUUGUUGCAAACCAAAAGCGUUUCAUAAUUUCUCGGCACAUAUUUCUGUUUACCAUGUAUCCUGUAUUUUUAAAUAAAAUCAAACUUUGCUACA